AUGUCUGACACCCACAUCACCAGCCUAGUAAAGAGGCUACAGGACUUGGAGCUGUGCCUAAAGAGCCAACAUGGGCAAGAAGUCGGGUAUGAACGGGCUUUGAGAGAAGCCAUUUUUGAAAAUGAUGGCUUUACAGAGGUAGAAGUCUUGAAAAGUCUUGGAGACCUGCAUCUUGAGAAAGCCAAGCUCAGUAAAGAUCCAGCAGAGUUUGACAAAACUGGUGGCCUGUAUGCUGCUGCCCUAAUGCGAUGCACAGAUCCAGACAUGGGAGAAACACUGGAACAUCGUAUUAGCUACAUGGCGAAAAUCUCCAGACAACUGCUGCAGGGGUACUGUCCACAUUUCCUGUGGUUGUCACCAAACUACUGGGGUACUGCUGACAGUAAUGUCUUAAGGGUGGCAGAGAUUUGUGACAAACUGGACAGGGGUGUCAGAAAUUCCUUAGAAAAGACUUACACAGAAGCAUUAGUGAUGGCAAUUGAGAACAGUGACAUGUUUUUGGAGCUUGAGGUUCUAAAAUCCCUCGGAGAUUUCAACCUCGAGAAAGGCAAGAUAACCUCUGAUGUAUCCCAGUUCUCCAAGGCAGCUGCGAUGUACAAGAAGGCCCUGCAGCUGACAACAUGUGUGGAUAAUGAGAUAAGACUGACUCUGAUGCAUCGCAUUAGAUACAUGGGCUUGGUCAGGGAAACAGUGGAAAAGUACAAAGACCACAUCAAAAAAGGUGAAUCCACCCUUGCCAAGGCAGACCUGGACUCAGCAGAGCAGCAUUUUGCAGCUGCACUUAAGACAGUACACGUGAGAGAUCCAACAGCCCAGCAGUAUCAGAGAGAGGUGGAGCCACUAUGCAAGUUGGGGGAUGUCUACAGUAAGCGAGGUCAGCAGACAGGGGACGGGGGAGACUUUGUCAAAGCAGCAGCACUCUACAAUGCUGCAAUAGCCAGGUCACAGGAUCAAGUCCUCAAUGGUAAAAUAGCAAUAGCGAUGAAAGAAGUGAUGAAGUUGUUUCUUAAAUGUAUCGUAGAUAUUCACUGUGAAGCUCAGGAUAACACAGAAAAGCACAAGAAACAGCUGAAGGAGAUGCGGGACCAGAUCAAGCUGGAGAUGGAAACCAUUGACCAGCAACUGGAUCCCUAUGUACAUGAUGAGGACGACCCAUGUGUCAAAGAGAUAGAGGCAAAACGAGCUCAGGCUGUUAGGCAGUUGUUUGAUAACAUUGCACAACAAAGGAAGGAGUUCAUCAGUCUGCUUGUAGAAGAGUGUAUUGGGUUAAUGGGCCCCCCUCCCUGUAAGUAUACACUGUUAGGUUUGGGUUCACAGGCCACAGGACUGGUAACUCCAUACUCAGACCUGGAGUUUUCCAUCUUGGUAGAAGAGGAAAUUGAAGAAUAUCUUGUGUAUUUCCGCAACCUAACCCACUAUCUACACCUCAAGGUGGUUAAUCUGGGAGAAACCAUUGUCCCAGCACUUGGAAUAAAAUCUCUCAAUAACUUCUACUCUGAGGAUCCCAUUGACGACGACUGGUACUAUGACUCAGUUACACCGCGUGGGUUUGCAUUUGAUGGCUCCAUGCCAAAGGCAAGCAAGACUCCACUGGGCAGGCAGGGAACUGAGAACAAACCACCCAGUGAACUCAUCUGCACCCCUGAAAACAUGGCUUUAAAACUACAACAGGAUGUCACACUAUAUUUGAAGGAAGGAUAUCACCUUUCAACUAUCUUGAGAAACCCAUGCCUGAUAGCAGGGGACCAGGAUUUGAUCGGCACAUACAUGGCCAUCACUGAGAAGAUACUACAAGCUGAAGGGGGUAAAAUGAUUCAAGAACUGGCACAAGAGAUACGCAAGGAAAACAUGGAAAGGAUCAGCAACAAGGAAACAAUAACAGCAAGGCUGAUUGAUGUUAAGAAAGGACUCUAUCGCUUUCCAGCUUUAACAGUGGACUGUUUGGCGCUGUCUUCGGGCAUCAUACCUACCACAGUUUGGAAGACAAUAGAAGAUAUGGGAAAACAAGAAGUGAUCAGUCCCAACAACGCACACCACCUGACAGUGAUCACCAGCAUCUCAGCAGAACUCAGGCUUAGAACAUACAUCGCAAAUGGUGGACAGAAGGAAAGCCUAUCAGCUUUGGCCUCAAUGGAAACAAUGCACGGACAGAAAUCAUCCCUACAGACCAGCAAUACAGAUGCAUUAGUACCAGUUUUCCAUGUACCAAAUGACCAACAGCUUUUCAGGUACUAUUAUACAGCAGUUCCUCUGAAAAGUGCUCUACAGGAAUGGUCUGAGAAGAAGUCUGCUCUUAACUCAUUCUCUGAUUUCUAUGACAAUUCCCCGAGGGUACAAGGAAAGAUGUAUGAUGAGUUAUGCAAGUAUGAACAGGCCAUCAGCUGCUACCAUGAGGCCCUAAAGAAAGAUGAUGGCAGUGACACUGAUGAGAAAGCUGAGCUGCUAGAAAUUAUUGGAAUUGUCUAUCGCAAGGUGGGUGAGUACAGUAAUGGAGCCAGUUAUCUUGAACAAGGAUUGCAAAAGUGGAUAAGUAUAUAUGGUCAGGGUACAGCACAUCCUGGAACUGCCACCUCACUCCUCAACCUUGGGACAGCCUGGAGUGACCUGGGUGAUCACAGAAAAGCAAUCAGAUACAAUGAAGAGGCACUGCAGAUGUUUAGGACUCUCUAUGGUGAGAACAAAGCACAUUCUGGUAUGGCUGACUCACUCAACAACCUGGGGGGAGCUUGGUGCCAUCUUGGUGAUUACAAGAAAGCAAUCAGCUACUUUGAACCUGCACUAAAGAUGCACACGAGUAUAUAUGGUGAGGGUACAGCACAUUCUGACACUGCCAUCUUACUCAACAACCUGGGAACAGCCUGGAGUUCACUGUGCGAUUACAGAAAAGCAGCCAGCUCUUAUGAAAAGGCACUGAAGAUGAACAGGAGUAUCUAUGGCCAGAAUACAGCGCAUCCUGACAUUGCGUACUUACUCAACAGCCUUGGGACAGCCUGGCACCACCUGGGUGAUUACAGGAAAGCAAUCAGCUACCAAGAACAGGCACUGCAGAUGUAUAGGAGUAUCUAUGGUCAGAACAAAAGACAUCCUGACAUUGCCAACUCACUCAACAACCUUGGCUCAGCCUGGGAGAAUCUAUGUGAUUACGAGAAAGCAAUCAGCAAUAAUGAACAGGCACUACAGAUGUACAGGAGUAUCUAUGGUGAGGGUACAGCGCACCCUGGUAUUGCCACCUCACUCAACAACCUGGGCUCAGCCUGGAUUGGCCUGGGUGAUUACAGAAAAGCAGUCAGCUACCAUGAACAGGCACUGCAGAUGCUCAAAGAUGUCCAUGACCGGGGUUUACCGCAUCCUGACAUUGCUACCCUACUCGGCAACUUGGGGUUAGCCUGGAGGAACCUGGGUGAUACAAGGAAAGCAAUUGGCUACUACGAACAGGCACUGGAGAUGGAAACGAGUAUUUACGGUCAGGGCACAGCACACGCUGGCAUUGCCGGCUCACUCAAUAACCUGGGUGGAGCCUGGCUUAGCCUGGGUGAUUACAGAAAAGCAAUAAGAUACUUUGACCAGGCGCUGCAGAUGCACAGGAGUAUCUAUGGCCAGAAUACAGCACAUUCUGAUACUGUCACCUUACUCAACAACCUGGGGUCAGCCUGGUACGUUCUUGGUGAUCGCAAGAGAGCCCUCAGUCUCUGCCAAGAAGCCUUGGCUAUGGCAAAGCAGGUUUUCUCUCAGGAUGAACAUCACCCAAUGAUAGAAGCCACUAAAGAGAACAUUGCUUUGAUGAUGAAACUUUGAGAAUGUAUUCAAAUUUCCAUUAGUCUUGAUGGAAUUCGCAUAAUAAUAGAAGCAUGAUACAACAGUCAAUAUACAAAACAAUACAAUGAUGUCAAACACACAAUACAAAUACUGCAUGGUGCCAACAAUGCCCCACAAUAUAAUCACAACAACACAAUUAAUUCAAAACAAUCCGAUUGCUCAAGUGCUAGUAGUACUGCUAGAAUAGUUCGAAGAGACCGCUUUUGAUGAUCUGCCUAGUAAUUGCAUAUGAUUUUCAGACGAAACUAAAUCAGAGUCACAGAGAUUUGGUACCGGGUGCCAGGCCUGAUAGCACGGGAAGGUCUUUUUAGGAAUUUUGGGGGAUUCAGGGCCCCCAAAUGCACGGACAAGCAGACUGUAUAACUCCAUCCUCCAUUACACCAUCCAACUGUACAAUAGGCAAAUGUGAUUUGUUUAGAUUUGUCUACCCGUAUG